AUGUCUUGAACCAUGAGCACCCACAAACUGGAAGAGAAUAGUCAGGAGGGAGAUGCAGCGAGACUCGAGUGGAAGCCCAAGGUCAAAGAUGAGUUCAAAGAUAUUUCCAUAUACUUCUCCAAAGAAGAAUGGGCAGAGAUGGGAGAGUGGGAGAAAAUUCGCUAUAGGAACGUGAAAAAGAAUUAUAAAAUGCUGGUUUCUAUAGGUCUCAAAGCCCCUAAACCAGCUUUCAUGUGUUACCAAAGGCAAGCCAUCAGGCCCCAGAUAGAAGACAGUGAGGAUUCUGAUGAAGAAUGGACACCCAAGCAGCAAGUUAGUCCUCCUUGGGUGCCUUUCCGAGUGAAGCACACCAAACAGCAGAAGGAAGUGCCUGGAAUGCCAUUAAGUAGUGAAUCUAAUGUGAAGAAAGUGCCUGGAAUAGAAAAUUUGCUGGAUACAAGUGGUUCAGAACUUGCCCAGAAACUAGUGUCUUCUUCUGGAGAAGGAAAUGCCUCUGGACAGCACUCUGGACAAAAACCAAAACCAAGGAGAAAGAAGGCUGAAGUGAAGAUGUACAGUCUGCGAGAGAGGAAGGACCUUGCCUAUGAAGAGGUCGGCGAGCCCCAGGACGAUGACUACCUCUAUUGCGAGAAGUGCCAGAAUUUCUUCAUCAACAGUUGUCCCAACCAUGGGCUUCCUAUAUUUAUAAAAGACAGUGAAGUGGAUGGGGGGCAUCCUAACCACUCAGUCCUCAGUCUGCCCCCUGGACUGAGAAUUGGUCCAUCCGGCAUCCCUGAGGCUGGACUUGGAGUAUGGAAUGAAGCAUCUGACCUGCCCGUGGGCCUGCACUUUGGCCCCUAUAAAGGCCAGAUCACAGACGAUGAAGAGGCAGCCAACAGUGGCUACUCCUGGCUGAUCACCAAGGGGAGAAACUGCUAUGAGUAUGUGGAUGGGCAGGAUGAGUCCCAAGCCAACUGGAUGAGGUAUGUGAACUGUGCCCGGGAUGAUGAGGAGCAGAACCUGGUGGCCUUUCAGUACCACAGACAGAUCUUCUAUCGAACUUGCCGGGUCAUCAGACCAGGUUGUGAGCUUCUGGUCUGGUAUGGGGAUGAGUAUGGCCAGGAACUGGGCAUUCAGUGGGGAAGCAAGAGGAAGAAAGGACUCACAACAGGAACAGAAUUAAGGACAGAGAUCCAUCCUUGUCUUUUGUGCUCUUUGGCCUUCUCAAGUCCAAAAUUCCUUAGUCAACAUAUGCAAUGGAAUCAUCGUACUCAAAUCUUCCCAGGAGCAUCUGCAAGGAUAAACUCCAAACCAGGGGAUCGCAGUCCAGAUCAGCUUCAGGAACAGCAACAUUUUGAUUCACACAACAAAAAUGACAAGGUCAGAAGUCAAGAUGUCAAAGGAAAGUCCAAACCCAUGCAUAAAUGGACAAGACAGAUUUCAACAGCCUUUCCCAGCACACUCAAAGGAAACAUGAGAUCUGAGGGAAGUAAGAAAACUAUGGAAGAAGAGCUCAGAACAGAGCAGAAAACAAAUACAGAGGAUGCAGUCAGAUCAUUUAUUGGAUCAGAAAUCUCAAGAGUUGAAGGAGAACAUGGGCAAUGUUUCAGUGAUAAGUCAAAUGUCAAUGAUCACCAAAGGACACACACAGGGGAGAAGUCCUAUCUUUUCAAGAAGAAUGAGAAAGCCAAUAGCAAUAGAAACACACCUCAACAAUCACAGGAAGACAAAUGUAGCCUCUAA